UUUCACGAUGCUAUCUCCGACACCGGCCUCUGCUCUUGGCCUCAGCACCAUCCCCGAGGAGCUCAUCGAGCGCAUCCUCGCCUUUGCCCUCUCGCCGUCGUCCUCAACGGCGACGACGGUCGUAUCAUCCAAGGGUCAUGGGACGUCGUCGUCGCGCACGGGCCCCCUUCUCACAUCCAGGGCGCUUAACAGGAUUGGCACGCCGCUGCUCUACAGCACCCUCCGUAUCAACACCGCACGGUCUGCUCGUCUGCUCGCGCAGACCCUAUCCGGGAACGGCGUAACGACAGCGGCAGCACGGGCGAAAGAACUAUCGUCCUGCGUCCGCGCAAUCAUCGCCCGUGCUUCUUACCCUUCUAUCGGAGUAGUCUUCCACGCUUGUGCAGGCCGCACCCUCGAAUUACUCGAUAUCACCGUCGACGCCGGCAUAGAUGGGGACGGAGAGAAGGACAAGGAGAGCGGGGUGAUGUUUGGCGAGGCCUUGUCCGAGGUGGACGUCAAGGAGUUCGUGUUGAGGAAGCGGGGUGCGUACUUGACGCAGGAGAGGCCAAAGGCGGUCAUGACCUGUUUGGCCACGGCAGUCCUGAACUGGAAGAGCUUGGAAACCGUCACAAUCGCUUUCCGCCUCUCAGACUCUUCCCGGCGCUUCUCACUCCCGCAAAACUUCGCCAACCCUCCGACACUGAUCAAUCCUCCUCCUGCCGCUGCUCCUUCCACCUCAACUCUCAGUGCCAAACAACCGCUCACCCUGCCCUAUGCUCUGUCACGCUCGCCCAAGCUACACACCCUCCGUGCCGCCCUGCCGGCAGUCUGGAACCCCGCUCUUCUGCUCGUCUCUACCAAUCCCUCACUCCAGCGUAUCAUACUCACCACUUCAAAAUCGCGGUCAAGGACGUCGUCAUCCCCUUCAGCAAGUGUAGUGCAGCCUGCUGCUGUCCCCCAUGCUCCGCUUCCUCCACGAAGGAAGGGCAGACUAGGUAUGGGCCUUGGGCUCCUUCGUCAGGACCUCGAGGCGAACGGCGGUGGCAGUGGCAGUGGAAGCGGCAGCGAUACCGACUUCGAGGGCCCCCAGGUCGACUUUAGCAACUCGUUCGAUACCGCGGGUGGGUCCGGUUCGGAUGGGGGUAUUGGAGGCGAGGCGGAGGAGGAGGUGUUGAGGUGGGGAACCCAGAGCGGGAUUCAUCUGUGGAUGAUGGAGGCGAGGAAACAUCCGAGGUUGGUAGAGUUAAUUAAGGCGGGGAGUCCAGGGCUCAGAACGAGGGCUCAUACGCUUGAUGUGCUGGGCAGGGAGGGAGGGUAUGGGACGGACAAGGGGAAGGGGAGGGCGAGUCUGCCCGUGGCGGGGAUGAGUAGUGUGGUUUGAAGCGCGUUACGAAGAAGUCGUUUGUGGUUUGUGUUCGAGCCAAUCGUGUGCCGAGAUUUCUUGAUGAGUCGAUGUCGCAUUGUAUUAUACCUUACAUCCUCACCGUAUACCCAACCUCAUCUCUUACAGCCCAUAUCGUUCUCUGCCUCCUUGCGCCCAAGCUGUUGUACCGGAUCCUUUAGUUAUUCUUUUUUUUGCCUUCACGACUCUUCCUCUUCUCGGUGUAACAGCUUGACCUUAUCCUCGUUUUCUCCCAUUCCUCUUUUCUUCCUGCGCUAGCUCGUUCGGUUUGAUUUUAGUACACGACGUCUCUUGAGUCUCCGAGAUCCCGUUACGCUCCUCUGUCGAUUCUGUGGCCACGGUGUGAUAUAGAGUACGACCGGCCCUGUGUGCAUAAUCGAUGUUUU